UUCUGCUUUGCUCGGUGGGAAUUGCGGAAGAAACGAAACAGGACGACGCCGUUUGAUGCACUGUGGUGGCUGAAGUGUGUUUUUUCUGUGAAUCACAGACAUUACUCUCUCACUCCAAAAAACAGCUGAGAGAGAGAGAGAGAUGAAGUUGGUAGGGUGGUGGCUGAUGCUCGUUGGCACUCUCCGAUUAGUUUCAGUGUGGUUUGGAUUCUUCGAUAUAUGGGCUCUUCGCCUCGCCGUUUACUCCAAAACCACCAUGACAGAAGUUCAUGGCCGCACUUUUGGAGUUUGGACACUCUUGACUUGCACUCUUUGCUAUCUCUGUGCGUUCAACCUUGAUAACAAGCCUCUGUAUUUGGCCACAUUCCUAUCCUUCAUCUAUGCGUUCGGCCAUUUCCUGUCAGAGUAUCUGAUUUACCACACAAUGGCUAUUGGAAAUUUGACUACUGUUGGCAUCUUUGCUGGAACAUCGAUUGUUUUGAUGUUGUUGCAGUGGAAUUCACAUCAACCAGCCAAGGCUAAGCCUCAGUGAGAUAGAUAGAUCAUUCAUUCUUCAAUGCUUCGUGUGGGCAAAGGUAAUCUAAUUAUUCUUUCGGAAACAUUGCAUACCAUUUGUAGUGAUAUUCGUCAUCCUAUCUGCUCUUCUUUUUUGUACUUUGUCCAUGAAUCUCUGCACCAAUCAGCUCCUUACUGUAUCUGAUUUUCUGUUGAUUAAUCUAAGGAAAUUUUAUUUAAUUAA